UAUUCAGGCGUCAGGUUGGUAACGGCCACGGACAGCCAUUCAUACGCGAAAGCCCCGCUUUUCUCCGUAUUGGCACUGGGCUGACUGGCAGUGCGCCGCUGAUCGUGAGAAGCUUCCUGCCAAAAACGGGCGGAGUCAGGAGCGCGAAAGCCGCGUCUUCUCCUCCCUCCUUCGGCCGGUCGUGGGAGCCUACUGAGAGUGUAUGUGAGAGAAAAAGCAGCGAGUCCCCGAGAGCCAGCAGGGAGAGCAGCGCCGCCGAGGCCGGACACCAAGUCCUCGCCAGGCAGGGGAGCAGCACCGCCGAGGCCGGACAAUCAAGCGGCGCCGGGCGGGUUCUCACCGACGCCGAGGCCGGACACGCAGUUCCCGUCAAACCGGACGCCAAAUCUCUGCCAGCCCACUGGACACCUGGACGUGCUGCGCCAAGCUUGGGAAUAGAAAUGGACGGGUUCGCCGGAAGCUUGGAUGACAGCAUUUCAGGGGCAAGUGCCUCUGAUGUGCAGGACCGCCUGUCAGCACUAGAGCUCCGAGUCCAGCAGCAGGAAGAUGAAAUCACUGUGCUCAAAGCUGCCCUGGCGGAUGUCCUGCGACGCCUGGCACUGUCAGAGGACCAGGCUGCAAGCAUGAGGAAGAUGCCUUCUGGCAAAGGCCAACCUACUCUCAGGGAGGCCAUAUCUAUGUCCUGUAUUACCAAUGGCAGCAGCUCAGGAAGGAAGACCUCACAUGGGUCAUCCAUGUCCAUCUCCAGAAAAGAAACACUCUCCUCUGCAGCGAAGAGCGGAACAGAGAAACGGAAGGAAAAAGAGCAAAUGGGAGGAGUAAAAGAGGAGCAGCCAUCUGAUGAUAAAAGUGGCAUCAGUUCAUCCGGCCUAUCUGCCAUGCCCACCAUGCCACCAUCACCCUCCCCCCAAGCCCCUCAGUCACAAAAACAGACCCAAGAAAGCAAGAGCUUGGCUGCGGCCAAAAGUGUGAAGCGAAACUCUGCAAUGGAACGUUCACAGAGUAGCACCUGGGAGUCAUCAGAAGAGACCCGCAACAAAUUGGUAAAGGCAGCAUCCACAUCCAGAAUAAUCUCCAAGGUAACGCGGAGUACUGAAAAACAAAAGGAGACAGUAAUAAGUCAAGUGAAAGGGUCGGCACGAGAGAAGAGUCAAGAUGGUGACUACAUCAAGAUGUUCAUGCGUGGUCGGCCCAUCACCAUGUUUAUUCCUUCAGAUGUAAAUAACUAUGAUGAAAUUCGUGCAGAACUGCCCCCUGAGAGGCUCCGUCUGGAAUGGGUGUUUGGGUAUCGUGGUCGUGACUGCCGUGCCAAUGUCUACCUGCUGCCUACAGGGGAGGUUGUCUACUUCAUUGCUUCAGUGGUAGUAUUAUUCAACUAUGAAGAGCGGACACAACGUCACUAUCUUGGUCACACAGACUGUGUCAAAUGUCUUGCAGUUCAUCCAGACAAGAUUAGAAUAGCAACUGGGCAGAUUGCUGGGGUGGACAAAGAUGGAAGGGCUCUACAGCCUCAUGUUCGGGUCUGGGACUCGGUGAGCCUUGGAACACUUCAGGUCAUUGGUUUGGGCACGUUUGAACGUGGCGUCGGCUCAUUAGCCUUCUCUAAAGCGGACUCAGGAGUCCAUCUUUGUGUUGUAGAUGACUCAAAUGAACACAUGCUGACUGUCUGGGACUGGCAGAAAAAGUCCAAAAUUGCUGAAAUUAAGACGACAAAUGAAGUGGUGCUAGCAGUGGAGUUCCACCCAACAGAUGCCAACACUAUUAUUACAUGUGGCAAGUCCCACAUCUUUUUCUGGACGUGGAGUGGCAAUGCUUUGUCACGGAAGCAAGGAAUAUUUGGGAAAUAUGAAAAACCAAAGUUUGUUCAGUGUUUAGCUUUCCUGAACAAUGGUGAUGUUCUGACUGGAGACUCGGGAGGUAUCCUUCUUAUUUGGAGCAAAUGCAUAACUGAGCCAACACAAGGGAAAAGCUCCAAAGGUGUUUAUCAGAUCAGCCGUCAAAUCAAAGGGCAUGAUGGCAGCGUGUUCACGUUAUGCCAAAUGAGGAAUGGUACACUGUUGACCGGUGGGGGCAAGGACCGGAAAGUUAUUCUUUGGGAUCAUGACCUAAAUCCUGAAAGGGACAUUGAGGUUCCUGAGCAGUAUGGAACUAUUCGUGCUGUGGCUGAGGGGAAAGGGGAGCAGUUUUUAGUUGGAACGUCCCGCAACUUUAUUUUAAGAGGCACAUUUAAUGAUGGAUUUCAGGUGGAAGUUCAGGGUCACACUGAUGAGCUCUGGGGCUUGGCAACACACCCAUUCAAAGAUUUAUUCUUGUCCUGUGCCCAGGACAGGCAGGUGUGUUUGUGGAAUUCUGCUGACCACACACUUGAGUGGACCAGGCUGUUAGAUGAACCAGGACACUGUGCUGACUUCCAUCCAAGUGGAGUAGUUGUGGCAAUUGGGACUCAUUCAGGGAAGUGGUAUGUUCUUGAUGCUGAAACUCGGGAUCUGGUGGCAAUACAUACUGAUGGAAAUGAGCAGUUGUCUGUGAUGCGCUAUUCUGUAGAUGGCUCCCUUCUAGCAGUCGGAUCCCAUGACAACUUCAUUUAUCUCUACAAUGUGUCUGAAAAUGGCCGCAAAUAUAGCAGAUAUGGAAAAUGCAGUGGACAUUCCAGCUAUAUCACUCACCUGGACUGGUCUCCAGAUAACAAGUUCAUCAUGUCGAACUCUGGAGACUAUGAAAUCCUGUACUGGGACAUUCCAAGUGGCUGCAAGCUUAUCCGGAACCGGUCUGAAUGCAAAGACAUUGACUGGGCCACCUACACAUGUGUGCUGGGUUUUCAGGUUUUUGGUGUGUGGCCUGAAGGCUCAGAUGGGACAGACAUCAAUGCUUUGGUCAGGUCUCAUAACAGGAAGGUGAUUGCAUUAGCUGAUGAUUUCUGCAAGGUUCAUUUGUUCCAGUAUCCCUGUUCCAAACCUAAGGCACCAAGCCACAAAUACAGUGCCCACAGCAGUCAUGUGACAAACGUGAGCUUCAUUCACAGUGACAGCCACUUGAUCUCUACUGGUGGGAAAGACAUGAGCAUCAUUCAGUGGCGGCUCAUCGAGAAGAUUCCACUGUGCUCCAGUGAUACUCUGAGCCUGACAGAUGUGGGCAGUAGCCAUAUCACUAGCCCUUCCUCUCGUGGGGUAGUGCAGGCUCCACAGUCUGUCACAAUGCACUCUGUAAUUUCGGAAUCUGAGGUGGACACCCCCAAUGGACAGGAGGAGAGCUCACCUGGCACCCCACCUCCAUCUGACAGCACCCUAAGCCCUGAUGACAGUCUUGAACCAAGUGAGGAAAACCCUACACCUCAGCCUGCCUCGACUCCUAUUGAAGAGCUCCCAUCCAAUGCUGCCUGUCUGAUACCUUCCUAAGGGUCACUCUUAUACCUCCUGUCCACGUGGCCAGGCACAUCUCUCUCUCUCUCUCUCUCUCUUUUAUUUUUCAUUUUUUUGUAAGAAAGGAUGGGGGUUUCUGAGCCGGUCAGCCUCUGAAGGCAAAUGUUUACUUUACUUUGGUUUAAGGGGUCCUGAGGUAUUGUACAGCAGGGGGUUCAGGAGUCAGCCUUCCUGCUAGGCCCUAUGCUGUGGGAUAUUUUGGUUUGUUUCUUCUUGUCUCAGGAAUCAAUGCUGAUUGACCAGUGAGACGCUUUCUGCAUACACCUUAACUGCCCCCUCACAUCAGUAACGGCGGGAUUCUGAAUCUUGUCUUUGUAAAAAGAGGUGCCAUAAUUUCCUUUAAUACUGGGUCAGUGUUGUCUUUCUGUCUUCUGUAUAGCACAGCAAAACCACCUAGCACCUCCUGCUUGGUUUAUUUUGCUUAUCGUAAGAGCAGGGCAACCUGACCACUGGUUUUAACUCUAGAUGUCCAAAAAAAUUACAAAUGACCUCUGUCAUAAGAGCUGUUGCCUGUAAGCAUCUUCAUACUGCAGGCAGUUGGCAUUAGAGGGCGGCCAUUACAUCUGAGGAGAUCAAAGGUUGGUGGGAGGGAGUGAAGGAGGAAGAGUAUGUCUUUCAGAAAGAGAUGGUUUCAAUGAACAAGGACUGUCAUUGGGUUGGAAGGUUGUUGUGCUAUACGGCUGUCAGUGAAAAUUGGCAACCCAGUACAGUAAAGCUGUGGCAGCUAUUAACAUGGCCUACCAGUGUAGUACUGGGAUAAAAUGUGUGGCAGACCUGGUCUCCCAUAGGUACUGUCCAGCAUGGGUUUGUAUAAAAGUCUUAACAAGUGCACCAUUCCAGUGUCCAGAUCUCUGUGGUCACCGCAUAACUAUCAUAACUUCCCCUAUGGUGAGCAGUUGCUUGGUGUUGCUGCUGGACUGACGUGACGUAGAUGGAAUGGUUUACAUGUUGUGAAAGGAGCUGUGCUUUAUAGUGAAAAAUGCUACAGUGAGAAAGUGCAUCCUUGUUCUUUGAAACAUCUCGGCACCAUGUGAGAAAAUGGGAGCUUUAUUCUGACCGCUCCUUAGGUAGAGCAUGAAGUCCUGGAGACUAUUUGCUGGGUGGUAUUUUAACAGGCGUUCACCCAUUGGUGAGUAAGAACCUGUGGGGGGCAGCAGCAGUUCCAUAUAAGUCUGCUUCUCCUGGCCAAAGGGCUGACUUUCUUACAGGCUAGGAGGGGCAACACCCUCAGGGUAUUUAGGUGGGGAGAAAGGGAAUCAUGAAGUCCUAAAUGGGAAGGGGCAGCACUGGGGACUAGGGCUACUGCUGAGUAGCUGGGGGGGGGAUGGGGGCAUGUGGGAGGAGAGUGGUGUGGUGUAUGUCCACAGUACUAUAGAAGGGGUGGGGGUGGGUUGGGUGGGGGUGGCGUGACUCUCAUUGAGGUGCGCUGAAAUGUCUCAUUUGCCAUUUGGGCUUUGUGACAGCUUUAUAGGGUGCAGUCCUCAUCCUUCUUGGAAGUUCUAGAGUGGUGGGGAGCACCCCGGUAAUGUGUUCAUUUGACUUGGGGGGGAUUUUGCUGGUGGGUUCCACUUUUUGGUACUCUGCUGGAGAGAAGUGCCCCGUACGCAUUCCCGUCUACUGUAAGCAAAAAAAUAAAAACAAAAAAAAAAAAAUAAAGAGUCAAAUGAAAGGAAA